UUGUCGGAGUUAUCGGCGCAAUUCUGGACAGUUGACAGUUAGCAGGGUGGAGUGUACUGACUCUACGUCUAUCUUUUCAUUUUCGCGUUACACGAAACGAAAGUGUGAGCAAAAAAAAAACCAGACAAACAAGAAAGAAGGACAAUGUUGCCGAAAAUGUUCCCAGCGGUAGCACUUUGUUUGUUGUUGGUGUUGGGGACACCUGUAGUACUGAGGGGGACAUGUACGACUUUUGUGGAGGACGCGUUCACCAUCCAGCACUCUAUCACAGGGAGCUGCUUAUCCGCUCAGGACUCAGGAAGUUUAGGUCUUUCGGCCUGUGAUGCAAACAGCACGUCCCACUUGUGGAAGUGGGGCUCGGGUCACCACCUCUUUCACGUGGAGACCUCCCUCUGCUUGGCGUUGGACGUCCACGCCAAGUCUUUGUCCCUGGUGGACUGCGGCUUGGACAUCUUGCUGUGGUGGCGCUGCCUAGAUGGCGCCGUCUUCACCGUCUACCAAAUGGGUUUGGUGGUCAGCGGAGGCCAGUUAGGAGCCAAAAGGAACACCCGUGACAUGUGGGUAAGAGGAGGAUCUCAGGACAGCAUCUGCCAGACGCCAUAUCGCGUAAUUCACACCAUCAACGGGAACGCUGCUGGCGCUCCCUGUGUGUUCCCCUUCAAGUACAAUGGAACCUGGCACCACGGAUGCCUCCCAGAUUCUGACUUGCCGGGACUCUCCUGGUGCUCCACCUCCUCCGACUAUGAUCAAGACAAACAGAUGGGGAACUGUCUAAAACCUGAGAACGGUUGCCAGACGCUGUUUACCGGGCCGGAGGGGAACUCCUGCUAUGAGUUUGUCCCCAAUGCCGCCGUGACCUGGCAGCAAGCUCUAGAUUCCUGUCGGAGCCAAGGAGCAGAUUUGCUUAGUGUGUCUUGCCCGGAUGAUCUCCACUCCUCCACAUUUUUAGACGGCCUCAACAUGAUGCCUGAGAGAAUGUGGAUAGGCCUCCAUCAGUUAGACACGUCUCAGGGCUGGCAGUGGUCAGACGGCUCCCCGCUCUCAAUCCUGCGCUGGGAACCAGGAAUGCGCCCCAACUCACUAAUCAUUGAGUCAGACUGUGGAGUUCUAAACUCCAAGCAGAACUAUGAAGCUGAAGCAUGCAGCAAACAACUGCCGUACAUCUGCAAGAAGAUAGUCAACGCUACUCAGUCAACGCCAACAGAGUCACUCAUGUAUAAAGACACAAUGUGUGGUCCUGGUUGGGUGCCAUGGAAUGGCUGGUGUUAUAAGUUAGUGACAGACAACCCUUCAAACUUCACCGAUGCGCAGCAGUACUGUAACCGCACAGAGGGAGGAAGCUUUCUGGCCAGUCUCCACUCCAUCGACAGCAAGGAGAUGAUCAGCACAAGUUUUGAUGCAGGUGGCCUGAGGUUAAAUGUGUGGAUCGGUCUGGUCGGAGAGGGCGUGAAUCCCUCUGUCUUUAAAUGGGUGGACCAGACUCCAGUCACCUUCACGUUCUGGGACCAAAAUGAGCCGGUGCAGCCUUCGCAGUACACCAGCUGCGUUUUCUACUCCACGUCUCAUGGUUGGCACGUUGGGAGCUGUUCCGAGAUGCUAGCGUUCAUGUGUCAGACAAAAGGAGAAGUCAGCGAAUCAUCGGGGACGGCCGGCUGUCGCUUUGAGGAUGGAUGGAGGAGACACAGCAACUCUUGUUACCGAGUGAAUACCACGCAGGUGUCCUUCAAAGAUCGCUGUCACAUCACCAUAAGAAACAGGUUUGAGCAGGCCUUCGUUAGCCGUUUGCUUGGAGAUUAUAUUAGUAAUACGCCUCAGUACUUCUGGAUUGGACUGCAGGAUGUUAAGAACACAGGAGAGUAUCAAUGGCACGGCCAGAAUGAUUCCCAAGGCGUAGUUACAUAUACCAAUUGGGGCGCUUUAGAACCAGAGUGGGAUGGAGGUUGUGUUGUGAUCUCCACUGCAAACCACCUGGGCAAGUGGGAAGUGAAAAACUGUACCGUCUUUAGGGCCGGCACCAUUUGCAGGACAGACCUCAGUCCUGUUGUGCCACCAGAACCAGAGCCAGAUCUCACCUCGCCAUGCCCGGACGGAUGGGUAUCCUUACCAGACUCCAAAUACUGCUUUAAGGUGUUCCACGAGGAGAGGCUCAGUCGCAAGCGGUCAUGGGAGGAAGCUGAGAGGUUUUGCCAGGCCCUUGGAGCCAACCUGCCCAGCUUCACCAGUGUGGACGAGAUGAGAGCGCUGCAUGGAAUCAUGAGAGACACCAUCAGUGACGAUCGCUACUUCUGGGUUGGCCUGAACAGAAGAAACCCAGCCGACCGCUCCUGGCAGUGGAGUGAUGGCCGUCCUGUACCCAUGGAUGUUUUACAUCAUGACUUCCAUGAGGAUGACGCAUACAGUCUGGACUGCACUGCAUUUAAGACAAUGAAGAGAACCAUGAAGCAUCUCUAUAUGUUUUUACUCCAUGACCUUCUUCCUCCAUCUUUCUAUGCAUCACAGUUCCACUGUGAUGCUAGGCUGGAAUGGGUGUGCCAGCUCCCUCGCGGAAAGACACCAAAGUAUCCAGACUGGUACAAUCCAGGUGUGCACCAUGAGACGUCCAUCUUCAUAGAUGGUGGCGAGUAUUGGUUUGUGAAUGAGCCACAGCUGACUUUUGAGGAGGCAAGACUGUUUUGCAGUAUGAACGGCAGCAAACUAGCUUCCCCGCCAAGCUCCACUGCCGCCAGACUCAUCCACGAGAACCUAGAAAAGAUGUCAAGUUCUCCAAAGCAAGGCUGGUGGGUCAAUCUGAGAGAUCCCAGGCGGAUGUUUCCCAUGACGCUAUCACGGCUACAUUUCUAUUACUCAGUGCUCUUUGGCAGAUGCACCUCCAUCAGUCCUGAGAGCUCUUUUCCAAAGUAUGAGCACAAUUGCAGGCAGCGGUUGGCCUUUGUGUGCGAAAGACUCAACAUCACCUAUGUGGAGAAAAACCCUCUGGAGCCUCACCCUGGAAGCCUGCCAUGUGGAAAUCACUCCCUGGCCUUCAGAAAUAAGUGCUACAUACUGCUGCAGAACGUGAAGCGAGUAUCAUUCAAGACUGCCAAUGAGGUGUGCCUGUCAGUGAGGGGAACCCUGGUUACCAUAUCUGACCAAGUGGAACAAGACUUCAUCACCAGCCUGUUGCCAAGAAUGAAGGACAUGGGAGGCAUAUGGAUUGGUCUCAAACACAAACACUACAAACUGGAAUGGCUGGACAAGUCGCCAGUGAAUUACGUCAAUUUCCAUCCACUGCUCGCUGGAAUGCAUAAGGCCAUAAAUGUCAAUAUGCUUGACCCAGACAACAUGGAUGUGUGUGUAUUUUUAAUCAAUAACCCUAAUUCGGCCGUAAUGGGUACCUGGGACUACAACACCUGCACCCAGUAUCAAUAUGGGGCAGUUUGCCAACAUUAUGCAGAUCAACUCGAGGAGCCUUCCGUCACGUCAGACCCCUUCCGGGUCAACAACCACACCUUCCAGCUACUCGUCAAGAACCUCACCUGGUUUGAAGCCUUGGAGCAGUGCAUGAACCAGGACAUGAAUCUGGCGAGUGUGGCCGACACCUUACUGCAGUCCACGCUCAGUGUGCACGUGAACCGUGCGCGCACACCCAUGUGGAUCGGCCUCUUCAGUGAAGAUGACGGGAUCCACUAUCGCUGGACGGACCACAGUCACACCGUCUUCAGUCGCUGGUCUUCUGAGGUCACCGCAGGCUCCUGCGUCUACCUGGACACCGACGGCUUCUGGAAAGCCACCGAGUGUGAGCAGGAGCUCGGAGGCGCCAUCUGCCACAAACCGCACAAAGAAAUCAUAACCACACCGGAGGACGUCGCGGUGAAGUGCCCCCACAAAAUAAAUGGCCCAAACUGGAUCCCCUUCAAGAACAACUGCUACGCCUUCCAGCUGGCCGCGUCCAGAUGGGAGCGGAUGGACCAAGGCCCCGUCCGCCAAACCUGCAUGAACCUUUGUGAGAAUUCCAAUUGUUGCAAUUGUCUUUUGAAUAGCUUCAACUGCAGAUCCCGACGAGGUAUUUGUGUUGCAGACAAAGGCGCCGACAUCCUCACCAUCCGGAACGCGGAGGAGAACGAGUUUAUCAGGCAGCAACUUGUACCCUUCCAAAACUUGGUUCAGUUUGUGUGGCUGGGGCUGUUCCAGAACAAAACUGUAGGUAGCCAGUUGAGGUGGUACGAUGGCACAAACGCCCAAUAUUCCAACUGGAGAAACGGUAGACCAGAGGUGGCUGGCGACUUCAUGGCAGGUCUCAAUCUCCAAGGCAAAUGGGUUCUGGUCACCAACCAAAUGUUAUUCUCCGAGUUCAAGCAAAGAGCCAUUGUGACCUGCAAACUGGAUAAUGAACCGAAACAGGAGUACUCCAAGUCCACCAGGGACUUCCAGCACUUUGGCAAUUUAAGCUACGAGGUGGUGACGCGAUGUGGGCUGAGUUGGUACCAGGCUGUGGAGGAGUGCGCUCAGCGUGGAGGCCACCUGGCCAGCGUGCACGACGCCCAGCAGAACGCGCACAUCGAGCUCCUCGCCAAGACCGACGGCUUCCCGCUUUGGAUUGGCCUGUCCAAGCAGGAGGCUGGUGGGGAGUCCUACGAGUGGUCCGACGGGACCGGGUACCAGUACAAAGCGGACAUCUCGGAGUCUCUGGAGGGCUCCGCUGCGGACGAGCGAGAGGUGGCCUGCGUUUUGGUGAUGCCCUCCGGUGCCUGGGUGCGGAGCAGCUGCUACUCGCUGAUAGAUGGCGCCAUCUGCUACACCACCAACAUCAGCACCCCAUCCCAAAGAGCCAAGCUGCAGGCGGCAGCAAAGGUCAACAAGUGCCCCCAGAGCAACGGGGCGUCCAAGUGGGUGCAGUACGAGGACCGCUGCUACGCCUUCGACAUGAGCUUCUACAACUACACAGUCUACGACAUGCAGCGGGCCAAGAACAUCUGUCGGAACAUGGACUCUCAAUUACUGUCCGUAAAAAGCAAAGAGGAGAACGACUUUGUGUCCAAAUAUUUAAGCGACGACCCGCUCGUCACCAGCCGAGUGUGGCUCGGCGUCGGCCUCGAUGCUCAAGGUGCUCCCACAACCUGGGAGGACGGUUCAGCGCUGUCCUACUCCAACUGGAAGUCGGGCGCCUCGGUUAGCGCGGGGGAGCGGAAGGGGGCCCCGUGCGCCGUCACGGACGCCGGCAGCUGGGGGGUCGUCAGCUGCGACGAGAGCCUCAGUCGCGUCGUCUGCCAAACCGAAGCCAAGUCCUUUGGUUCUCCCGUGGCCGUGGUCUUCUUCGUGGUCGUGCUGCUAGCUCUCGCGCUAGCUGUGGCCUUCAUCGUGUACAGGAAGAAGAGAGCCCCCUUCUCCUCCUCGGUCCGCUACAAGAGGACCACGGACCAGUCAGACACCACCAGUAUUCUCACAGAGGCCGAAUGAGCCCACCGGAAGUCGUCGUCUCAGGGAGUUUGGCUGUACCCCCAACCCGCCCCUUUCCUUCCUACCCACCCUUUUUAUUUCAUUAUUUAUUUAUUUAUCAACUCUCCCACCUGCUUCCAUGAAGAGUGUAAAUGUGAUCAAACUGCUUAAUACACUGUCUUAAUUUAGAUUAUUUCACAUUUUUUAAGUACAGUGAACCUCCAUUUUUGUCGAAAUGGGUGCGUCCUGCCUAGAACUCAGUGGGAUUAUUAACAUAUCAAGUCCUCUCUGAGUUUAUCAUUGCGGCACAAACAUUACCCGUUCGACACAGACAAUAUGAUUGAGUACUGUUAUCUAGUCUGUGUACAUAUUGUUGUUGAACCAUUUUUGUGUUUAAUCUGCUUUGCAUCCAGUAGACCUUAGUGCUGCCUGUAUAAAUGUAAAAAUUAAUCUGUUGCUUUUGCAUCCAGUAGACCUUAGUGCUGCCUGUAUAAAUGUAAAAAGACCAUUAAAAAUAUAUAUCGCUUAAAAAGCCACGAUAUAGCGAAUGCCUAAAAGAUAAACCGAGAUAUAGCAGAGGUUCACUGUACUUAAUACUAUAUUGGUUGGAUGUUGCGGUUCCUUUUCCCAAAAAUGUUCAUCAAAGUGUUAAUAACAAAAUCUCUCUGCCCGGGCAGGUUCGAUUGCACUCACAGUUUGGGAGAAUUUGCUUUCAGUUUUGUUAUUAAAUAUCAUACAAUUUAAGAUCAUCUCUGGAAAAAGAGAGAUGUUAUGUUAAGACGUGUGCCUUAUUAAAUAAGGGGGGGAAGAUUUAUAUUUAAAAAAAAAAAAGAAAAAAAAAAACUCGCUCUCAUUGUCCCUUUUGGAUGUCUUGAAAAGAAAUGGGAGCUGUCUCGUCACUGGAAAAGCUUUUUGUUAACUUUGUUAGGACACGUCAAUGACCUGCGAUGGGCCAUGACGAGUCACGCAUUUUCAUGAUUAAUGGCAAGUUGUCCUUCUGAUGAGGAGUCAAGACGUUUAUACCCGCUGCCGUUGCCACUGACUUUUCCACGCACUUGACUACUGAGCAAGAAUGCACUUUAACAGCAAAUCGUUUAAUACACACUUUGGGGGUUCGUAUUGUGUGCACCUGUUUGCUGGACAAGAUUUGUACGUGUGGCGUUUGCCUUGGAAACAAACCAAAGAUGCUUCAUUUCUAUUGAAUGUCAAACCUGAUCUUUCCUUUUUUUUUUCUUCUUUAAAAUAACUUUGGUUCAUUAACACAUUUGUGUUAAGGUCUAAAGCUGACGUUUUUUUUUCUAAAAAUCAGGUACGACAUCACUAAUAAAAAACGUUCCUCUCGUAA